AUGGCGGAGGAGCAAAAGACGACCAAGGUUGACAUAGAAUCUCCGACGGUCUUGCCUCCGGAAAAGGAAACAACACCUGCUCCAGUGGAAGCUUCUAAAGACGUGGCGGAGGAGAAAGUUCAUGAUCCACCUCCACCUCCCCUCGAGUCCAAAGCUCUUGCCGUUGUCGAAAAACCCAUUGAGGAGCCUACACCAAAGAAAAGUUCAUCUGGUUCAGUCGAUAGAGAUGUGAAACUUGCAGACUUGGAAAAAGAAAAGAAAACUUCAUUCAUCAAAGCAUGGGAAGAGAGUGAGAAGUCAAAAGCAGAGAACAAGGCACAAAAGAAGGUAUCUGAUGUGCUUGCUUGGGAGAACAGCCAGAAAGCAGCCAUUGAAGCCCAACUCAGGAAGAUUGAAGAAAAAUUGGAGAAGAAGAAGGCAGAGUACGGUGAGAAAAUGAAGAACAAAGUGGCUGCGAUUCACAAACAAGCCGAAGAAAAAAGAGCAAUGGUUGAAGCUAAAAGAGGAGAGGAGCUUCUUAAAGCUGAAGAAAUGGCUGCCAAGUACAGAGCCACCGGUGUUGUACCCAAGGCAACUUGUGGAUGUUUCUAA